UAUAGAAAACAGGAAGAACAAGAUAGACAGUGAACUGUGAAGGAGGGAAAGAGAAGAGAGCACUGUUCAAUUCCAAUGUGUUAGAGUUCACUGAUGGCACCUGUGCUUCUUCUUCGUCCUCCUCUGCUUCGCUUCAUGGCCUCUCGCUACUUCUUCACUGCUUCUUCCUUCUCUCUUCGUUCUCUUCCUUAUCCUCAUUCUUCUUCUUCUUCCACUUCUUCUCUUCCUCUUUCUACCCUCUCAAAACCCAGGACGAGUUUUUCUCAGAGAAAAUGGUCUAUUUGCCCUUUAGUACCUUGUUCUGUGACUCCAAAGGCGUAUAUGUCGUCGGUGCCAGCAGCUGAACCUUCUCAGAAAAAUGAAAGUUCUAAAGCUUAUGGCUCUGAUCAAAUUCAGGUACUUGAAGGUUUGGAUCCUGUAAGAAAAAGGCCCGGGAUGUAUAUUGGAAGCACUGGCCCCCGUGGGUUGCAUCAUUUGGUGUAUGAGAUUUUGGAUAAUGCUGUUGAUGAAGCUCAAGCUGGAUUUGCUUCCAGGAUUGAUGUUGUUUUACUUGCAGAUGAUUCUGUGAGCAUCACUGACAAUGGUCGUGGGAUUCCUACUGACAUGCAUCCAACUACAAAUAAAUCUGCAUUGGAGACAGUCUUGACGGUCUUGCAUGCUGGUGGAAAAUUCGGUGGUGCCAAAAGUGGCUACUCUGUUUCAGGAGGUUUACAUGGUGUUGGUUUAUCAGUUGUUAAUGCUUUGUCUGAGGCACUGGAGGUAACAGUUUGGCGUGAUGGAAUGGAAUACAUGCAGACGUAUUCUCGUGGUAAACCAAUUACAAUUCUGAAAGGCCUUGUGCUUCCUGCUGAAAAGAGAGAUCUUCAAGGGACAUCAAUCAGAUUUUGGCCUGACAAAGAAGUAUUCACCACCACUAUUCAGAUUGAUUACAACACAAUAGCUGGGCGCGUUAGGGAGUUGGCUUUCCUCAACCCAAAGCUUACUAUCACGCUUCGUAAAGAUGACAGUGAUCCAGAAAAGGUCCAAUAUAAUGAGUUUUUCUAUGCUGGGGGAUUGGUAGAAUAUGUGAAUUUGCUCAACACUGAUAAGAAAGCUUUGCAUGAUGUCCUGAGUUUCAGAAAAGAAAUAGAUGGAAUCACAGUUGAUAUAGCUUUGCAAUGGUGUGAAGAUGCAUAUUCAGAUACAAUACUAGGAUAUGCUAACAGUAUACGCACUGUUGACGGUGGCACACAUAUAGAUGGUAUGAAGGCUUCUUUAACAAGAACACUGAAUAGUCUUGGAAAGAAAUCCAAAGUCAUCAAGGAAAAGGAUAUCACUUUAAGUGGCGAGCAUGUCAGAGAGGGUUUAACUUGUGUUGUCUCAGUCAAGGUUCCAAAUCCAGAGUUUGAAGGGCAAACAAAGACAAGGUUGGGCAAUCCAGAGGUGCGAAAAGUGGUUGAUCAAUCUAUUCAAGAGUAUCUUACUGAGUAUUUGGAAUUGCAUCCAGACGUUCUUGAGUUAGUGCUAUCUAAAGCCCUUAAUGCUUUCAAGGCAGCUCUGGCAGCAAAAAGAGCAAGGGAAUUGGUGAGACAAAAAAGUGUAUUGAAAUCUUCAUCUCUUCCGGGAAAACUCGCUGAUUGUUCAUCCUCAAAUCCUGAAGAAUGUGAAAUUUUUAUAGUUGAAGGCGAUUCAGCUGGAGGAAGUGCAAAGCAAGGGCGUGAUAGGCGCUUCCAGGCCAUUCUCCCUUUGAGGGGUAAGAUUCUGAAUACUGAAAGGAAGGAUGAAGCAGCAAUGUACAAAAAUCAAGAGAUACAAAAUUUAAUUCUUGGUCUUGGUCUUGGAGUGAAGGGAGAGGAUUUUAAAAUGGAUGCACUCCGAUAUCACAAGAUUAUUAUUUUGACUGAUGCUGAUGUAGAUGGUGCCCACAUCCGAACUCUGCUAUUGACAUUUUUCUUUAGAUAUCAGAGAGCUUUGUUUGAUGCAGGUUGCAUAUAUGUUGGUGUUCCGCCACUAUACAAGGUCGCUAGGGGAAAACAAGUGCAAUAUUGCUAUGAUGACGCUGAUCUUAAAAAUAUUCAGAAGGCAUUCCCUCCUAAUGCUUCAUACAACUUGCAAAGGUUUAAAGGGUUGGGAGAGAUGAUGCCUUUGCAACUAUGGGAAACAACCAUGAAUCCAGAAAGCAGGUUGUUGAAGCAGUUAAAGGUUGAAGAUGCAGCUGAAGCAAAUAUUGUUUUCUCGUCUCUUAUGGGUGCUCGGGUGGAUGGUCGAAAGGAGCUGAUACGAAAUGCUGCAAACAUGAUUAAUAUGGAUCAGUUAGAUAUUUGAUGGUGCUGCUAGCUGUGUAGAAAUUGAAUGUCUUCCUUGUUAAUUUACCAUACACUUCAUCAUAGUCAAGAAGGAAUUUUCUUUGUUGAAUACGGAGACGUCUCAAUGGAAGCAAGGUUCCUGACUUUUCAUUGGAGUCAUGUGGUGAGUUUAAAACAAUGUACACAGGGCACAGUGGAGCGACCAUUUUGUUGUUGCUGGGAAAUUUGAGAGGCUUGUUGGAGGUCUAAUUUGAUUUCUUCAAAUCUGAAAAGUGUAUAUUUUUCUGCCUCACCUAUUUCUGAUCAUACAUUUUUGCAUCUGUUUGUGUAAUCAUAUUCAGAUGUUACCUUUCAAAAGUUACCACCACCUGAACUCAGUUAUUGAUCUUGCAAUGUAAAGGUUUAAAUUGUAGUGUAUUCAAUCCAACUUACUUCGGUAGGGACAAA